AUUUCCAUACCCGACCCAUUUUCUCCCGUUUAUUAUACUUUCCCUCGCUUUCUCACUAAAGCAAAAGCCAACAGACCUCAAAAUCCCGCCAAAACGCCAUCCAUGAAUCGAAGCGCCAACACCAGGAAACGGCCGCCACCAGCGACACCACAACCGCCACCAGCAGCAAAGCAUAAAGCCACCACGCCAUCAACAACCGUAGACGAAGAAUUCGUAGACGAAGAUGUUUUCCUUGACGAAACCCUCAUUGCCGAGGACGAAGAGAAUCUCAUUCUCCGUGAUCUCGAGAAACACGAGGCUCUGGCUUCUCGCUUAUCCAGAUGGGCCCGGCCCCCACUUUCUCAUGCCUAUCUGUCACAAUCUCAGAGUAUAAUAUUCCAGCAAUUGGAGAUUGAUUAUGUGAUUGGAGAGAGUAAUAGAGAACUCUUGCCUGAUAGGUCUGGCCCUGCUGCUAUUAUCAGAAUUUUCGGUGUCACAAGGGAAGGACAUAGCGUUUGCUGCAAUGUCCAUGGAUUUGAGCCAUAUUUUUAUAUAAGUUGCCCUUCUGGAAUGGGCCCUGAUGACAUUUCUAGUUUCCAACAGAUCCUUGAGGGGAGGAUGAGGGAGGUAAAUAGGAGCAGUAAAGUGCCAAAAUUUAUUCGGAGAAUAGAAGUGGUGCAAAAAAGGAGCAUUAUGUAUUACCAGCAGCAAGAAUCACAUCCUUUUUUGAAGAUUGUAGUUGCAUUGCCAACAGUGGUUGCCAGCUGUCGUGGUAUUCUUGACAAAGGCAUACACAUAGAUGGCCUUGGUAUGAAGAGCUUCAUGACAUAUGAAAGCAAUGUUCUCUUCGCUCUCCGCUUCAUGAUUGAUUGCAAUGUUGUUGGUGGAAAUUGGAUUGAAGUGCCUGCUGGAAAAUAUAAGAAAACAUUAAAGAACUUGUCCUAUUGUCAAUUAGAGUUUGAUUGCCUGUUUUCAGAAUUGAUCAGCCAUGCCCCAGAAGGGGAAUUCUCAAAAAUGGCCCCAUUUCGCAUAUUGAGUUUUGACAUUGAGUGUGCUGGUCGAAAGGGUCAUUUUCCUGAGCCUUCCCAUGAUCCUGUUAUUCAGGUGGCCAAUUUAGUAACUUUGCAAGGAGAGGACAAGCCAUUUAUUCGUAAUGUUAUGACCUUAAACUCGUGCUCUCCAAUUGUUGGUGUGGAUGUGAUGUCAUUUGACACAGAGAGAAAAGUCCUCCUGGCUUGGAGGGAUUUUAUCCGUGAAGUGGAUCCAGAUAUUAUAAUUGGAUAUAAUAUCUGCAAAUUUGACUUGCCAUACCUCAUUGAGAGAGCUGAAACUUUGGGAAUAGCAGAAUUUCCUGUUUUAGGCCGUGUUAGGAAUAGCAGGGUUCGGGUAAAAGAUACAACUUUUUCUUCAAGACAGUACGGAACGAGGGAAAGUAAAGAAGUUACAUUGGAAGGGAGAGUUCAAUUUGAUUUGCUUCAGGCCAUGCAACGUGAUUAUAAAUUAAGUUCUUACUCUUUAAAUUCCGUCUCAGCACACUUUCUCUCUGAGCAGAAAGAAGACGUGCACCAUUCAAUAAUAUCUGAUCUUCAGAACGGGAAUGCAGAAACUAGGAGGCGGCUUGCUGUAUAUUGUUUGAAGGAUGCUUAUCUCCCACAGCGGCUCUUGGACAAGUUGAUGUACAUUUACAACUAUGUAGAAAUGGCUCGUGUUACCGGAGUCCCGAUGUCUUUCCUUCUCUCCAGGGGCCAAAGUAUUAAGGUGCUUUCUCAACUCUUGAGGAAGGCUAAGCAGAAGAACCUUGUUAUUCCUAAUGUCAAACAGGCAGGAUCUGAACAAGGAUCAUAUGAAGGCGCCACUGUUUUGGAGGCCAAUGCAGGGUUUUAUGAAAAACCAAUUGCGACAUUGGAUUUUGCAUCUCUAUAUCCUUCAAUAAUGAUGGCAUAUAAUCUAUGUUACUGCACUUUGGUGACUCCUGAAGAUGUUCGUAAACUGAACCUGCCACCUGAAUGUGUCAACAAAACACCAUCUGGUGAAACAUUUGUCAAACCAAAUUUGCAAAAGGGAAUUCUACCUGAAAUUCUUGAAGAACUAUUAGCUGCUCGUAGAAGAGCAAAAGCAGAUUUAAAGGAAGCCAAGGAUCCACUAGAGAAGGCUGUUCUAGAUGGGCGGCAACUGGCCUUAAAGGUCAGUGCAAACUCUGUAUAUGGAUUCACAGGAGCUACAGUUGGUCAAUUGCCAUGUUUAGAGAUAUCAUCAAGUGUCACAAGCUAUGGUCGACAAAUGAUUGAACACACCAAAAAACUUGUAGAAGACAAAUUUACCAUUAUGGGAGGCUAUGAGCACAAUGCAGAGGUUAUAUAUGGGGACACAGAUUCAGUUAUGGUUCAAUUUGGUGUGCCUACUGUGCCAGAAGCAAUGAAGCUAGGAAGAGAAGCUGCUGAAUAUAUCAGUGGAACUUUCAUAAAACCCAUCAAGCUAGAGUUUGAAAAGGUUUAUUAUCCAUAUUUGUUGAUUAGCAAGAAGAGAUAUGCUGGUUUAUACUGGACAAAUUCAGACAAAUUUGACAAAAUGGAUACUAAAGGCAUUGAAACAGUUCGAAGAGACAACUGUUUAUUGGUUAAAAAUCUGGUAACUGAGUGCCUUCACAAGAUAUUGAUCGACAGAGAUGUGCCUGGUGCAGUUCAGUAUGUCAAGAAUACCAUUUCUGAUCUUCUCAUGAACCGCAUGGAUUUGUCACUUCUGGUUAUUACUAAGGGUCUAACAAAGACGGGAGAUGACUAUGAAGUAAAGGCAGCUCAUGUUGAACUUGCUGAGCGCAUGCGCAAGAGAGAUGCUGCCACUGCUCCAAAUGUUGGAGAUCGAGUACCUUAUGUCAUUAUAAAAGCUGCAAAAGGUGCUAAGGCUUAUGAGAGAUCUGAGGAUCCUAUCUACGUCCUAGAAAAUAACAUACCGAUAGACCCUCAAUAUUAUCUUGAGAAUCAAAUUAGCAAGCCACUUCUAAGAAUUUUUGAGCCCAUUUUGAAGAAUGCCAGCAAAGAACUUCUCCAUGGAAGUCAUACAAGAUCUAUUUCCAUCUCCACUCCUUCAAAUGGUGGCAUCAUGAAAUUUGCUAAGAAACAGCUCACUUGUGUUGGCUGCAAAGCUCUAAUUAGCAAUUCAGAUCGAACCCUCUGCUCACACUGCAAAGGAAGAGAAGCAGAGCUAUACUGCAAAACAGUUUCUCAAGUGUCUGAGCUAGAGUUGCUAUUUGGGAGGCUGUGGACACAAUGCCAAGAGUGCCAAGGCUCUCUUCAUCAGGAUGUGCUUUGCACUAGUCGGGAUUGCCCAAUAUUUUAUCGAAGAAAGAAGGCGCAAAAAGACAUGGCUGAAGCCAAGCGGCAGUUAGAUAGAUGGAACUUCUAAUACUGUAACAAGGUAGAACAUUACUCAUCAUCCCCUCUGCUGUCACUGGACCUAUCAAUUAUUCAUAUUUCUGAAAUAUGCAAGUAGGUGAUGUUUCUCAACUUGGGAAAAUGCAAAAUUUGCUCGUCAGAGAGGCUUUUAUUGCCUCACGAACUCAAUGAAUCAACAGACAUGGAGAAAGAGACUUAAAACAUAAAAGAAUACAUUCUUACGAUCGAUCAUAACUUUCAAUCAUCAAGAACAAGUUUGAGUAGGGUGAGUUAUGGUUGGCUGGAUGAGCUGGAAAAAUUUGAUAAUGGUUCUCUUUUAUGUUCAAGUAGCGGGUAAGCUUAAAAAUGGUUGUAACCUCUCCUCGUGUUUGUAAAUGUGGUGCUUGUUUAUGUUGAUCUUAUGACCUCAAGAUGGUCUCAAGUGCAGAAAUUGUAAUUUUCCAUAAGUUCUGUAAUUAUCUUUUGUAGGUUAAUCAGAGGGUUAAUGACAAUUAACCACUUGUUAAUGACUCUUUUUCUCUCUUUCUAAAAAAUUAUGACCUAGAAUAAUCUCUCGCUGUACAUCUUCCCUCUAGAAAGUAAUGGCCCAAACUGUAAAAGACCAUGUGUUGAAGGUAUGGUUUUUGGCUUAUUGAGGAAUCAUUAUCAAUU